AUGUUUGGUCGCAAAUUGAUGGAAUGUUCGGACGAUGAGUUCGUGCGCGGACCGCAAUGCGACGAGGAAGAGGAGCAGCAGUCCUCGCAGAGGCCCCCAUUCGUGAGCCCCGCCCCCUUUUCCAGUCUAUCCAUUCAAUGUUGCAGUACGAAAACAUGCGUACAUUCGCUCCGUCGCACAUGCACAUCUCUUGUCACUACGACAUACCGUAUCCCCCGCAUCUCAUUCAGCCGCCCGUCUGUGGCGUGAGCACGUUCAGUUAUGCCAGAGAUUUCCCCGGGAACAGCGGCUCUCAGCAGUUUUUCAAUUCUCAGCAGCAACAGCAGGGAAACCAAGGGAAUGGAGAAGUGGAUUACUGUAUUCCGAAGCCCGAGGACAGAGAUAACGCACCGAACUACAGUAACCACAAAGGCUUCCUCAGUAACAUUCAGAGUAUUCGUUCAGAUCAAGUGGCCAACAAGCCGGAUCGUCCGUUCGUUUUCUUCGCCGCUGACUGUCCGUCGCCUCUGGAAAUUGUCGGAGAGGUCUAUUGCACGGUUCCCGGACGAACGAGUCUUUUGAGUUCGACCACAAAGUACCGGGUUACAGUAGCUGAGAUUCAGAGAAGAAUCAGUCCGCCCGAGUGCUUAAACGCGUCGCUUUUGGGCGGAAUUCUCAGAAAGUGAGGAAGUGAAUGUGCAGGAAGAGCCAAUACAAGCGGAAAAUUGCAGGGCAAAGUCAAAGGACGGUGGGAAAACGUUGAGGGAUUCGCUCAAAAAGCUCGGAUUGACUCUUCCGGCGGGCAGGAGAAAGCAGGCAAACGUGACUGCGUGGACGGCUCUCGUCGAAGGUUUGUGGUUACGGUUGUUUUGAGAGAACAUUCUUCUAGUUUUCACGAAUUUGCUACUAGGUAUCCGUCUUGAUCUUCGAUGGUUUACAGAGGAAGCCAUCCAUAUGGCAAAGGACUUUGCACUCGUCUGCGAAAAAGAAUUCCACUCGCGAGAGAUCGGAAUCUUCCUGACCAAAGCCUCUCUGGCCAUAGAUCCAGAUGUGGUCAAGAGAAGAGCGGCCCUGGAAAUGAGCAGGAAGGUGGUCGGAGAGCUCGCGGAGCUCUUGACUUGUGACCGAACUCCACUGACUCCGUACUUCCCCCGCAACAUGCUCCCGAUGGAUCCUUCUGUGCAACAGCACUUGUCUCAUUUCACCCUGGUCGGUUCUCUUUCUGCUGGUCCGCCAAUGUCUGUCCGUUUGCAGAUGACCCAUGGAUUCGGGAACGUGGCAAUGUGUGCCGUGCUGGAAUCCAUAAAACUGAUGAUCGACGAGUCGAUCAAGUACAUCGACAGAUGCUGUUCUCAGAAUGUCUGGAGGUGA